UUAAGAUAAUGGGGAUGAUUUCAGGUCUCGAGAGAGCGGUGAGUGAGUUAGCGCUUAGAGGAGCGAGCAGGAAGAACAAUCAGCCGGCAAGAUGCCGCUUCCGAAGCGACUAGUGGAGCCCGUGCACGUGGCACGGGGCACCAUCCCCGAGGACUUCCCGCUGCCAUCGGAGCUCGAGGCAGCCACUAACGGCACCUUGGCCAACACUAUCAGACAACUGUCGAGUCUGUCGAGGCACGCCGAGGAUCUGUUCGGCGAGCUGGCGAGGGAGGCUCACGGAUUGAGCGAUCGAGCCAACUCUCUACAGGCUAGGAUAGACCGUUUGGCCGUCAAGGUCACCCAGCUGGAUAGUAACGUCGAGGAAGUCUCGUUACAAGAUAUACAUAUGAGGAAAGCCUUCAAGAGUUCCGUGGUAUUCGAUCAACAAGUCGUCUCCAGAGACACGAUGCCGACGGCGAUGCUGGAGACCUAUCAUCAGUGCGAUACGCCGCCGCCUCUAGAUAAGCUUAAUAUUUACAGAGAGGAUGGCAAGGAUGGCUUGAAGUUUUAUACCGAUCCGAAUUACUUUUUCGACCUGUGGAGUCAGGAGAUGCUCAAAGACACGGAAAAGAAGCUGCACGAUAGAGGGAAAAAGAGCGAGUCUGAAUAUGCCGAACCGUUCAGAGAGCCGCAUAGGCCUCGGAAUGAGGGUGGCGGCGGAGGAGGCGGCAGGCACAAGAAGCGCGUAAGACAGCCGCAUAAUACGAGGGAACGGCAACGACAACUGGCAGUUGGCCACGGCGAGUACAUCAUGCCGACGCAAACGGUGCAGUACAGGGCGCCGCACAACGUACAACCCGGCGAUGAUACCCUCCUGGGAAUGGUAAUGACGGAUCCUAGGCCGCCCAGGCCUAACAGUAUUGAGCUGCGGCGAAGUUAUCCCCCGGAAGAGCAACAUCUCUACAGCCCGCCGUCUGCUGACUACAGGGCAACGAACUACAUAGCUCAGGGCUACGAUGAAAACUACGGAUCGCAUUACGGCCCGGGUCAAGUGCCGGCCGGCAGCGAAACGUAUCAGAGUCCCGGUCAGAGCACUCCGAGCCGAGGCGGUAGAUCGCGACCGUCGCAACCGCCACCGGCGCCGCCAAGCAACGCUUCCAGCAACUCCACGCCUACGGUGGCGUCCGCCAACAACACUCCCACUAGGGGAAGAUCCAUGAGCACCGGUAGGGACACUCUACCGCCACCACCCCCACCGCCGGGAGAAACCAUGUCUCCUCCUUCUAUGAAUGGCUCCAUACCGUCGCACUUGCUGAACAGGAACGAUAGUCGAACGGAUAGUCCUCUGCCGAGCCAACGUUCGACACCAACGCCGCUGAAUCAUUCGGGCCAGUUGGGUGUGGACGAAACGGAUCCGGCACCCCAGGAUCUUCCGCCGCCUCCACCUACUCCGGAUCCUACCCCGCCGAGACCCAUUUCGCCCCCGUGCAACAUUCCACCACCUCCACCACCGCCGCCUCCUCCGCCGGUUAUCAACGGUCCAACGGCACCGUUGCCACUUACGAAUGGCGACAUUGCGAGAAUGAUCGCGACAAAUCCACCGAAGCUGAAACCUCUGAAAAGCAUUGUGGACGGUCAAUUGAGGAAGCCUGUCAAUCCGAAUAUUCCGUUGGUCGAUCCACGAAACGAUCUACUCAAGGCGAUUCGCGAUGGGAUAAAGCUGCGCAAGGUGGAAAAGAUCGAACAGAAGGAGGUGGAACGCGUGAAUGCGCUCAACGACGUCGCAUCUAUCUUGGCACGCCGCGUCGCCGUCGAAUUCAGCGACAGCGACUCGGCAUCGGAGAGUGAGUGUGACAGCGAGGGAUGGGGCGAACAGGAGAGCAAUCUGGCGUGACCCAACUCACUUCAAUCCGCCGCCGCCGCUACUGCCUCCUAAAGAAAUGGCCGAUGAUUCUUUCGUUUCGACGCGUCAUCUUAAUGUGCCCUAUUGCGCUGUAGCGAGCUAAUAUUUGGUUCGUUUGUUAUCUUUAUAAUCUACUUUGCAUCACUUUUUGAGGAUCUACGAAACGCUCGUACGUUUUAAAUGUGCAUUGUAUAUUUAGAAUUUGAGAAUAACCUUUUCAGAAUUGUAGAUCGAGAAGUUAUAAAGAGUACAAUUUUGCACAAUCCUCUCGAUAAAGAUCAUUCGGCACAGAGGAGACGGUCGCAAUGUAGAAUCUUAUAUGGACUAAUUUAUUUAUCGUUCAUUGAACAAACAAAAGCAAUAUAUACAUUUUAGUUUGCUUUUUUUCUCGCGUUAUCGAUACGAGAGAAAUUCAAGAGACAUUUGUUACAUACAUUUGGUUAUUAAUAUUUUACAUUCAGAACAAUUUACUCUAAAAAAUAUUCACUUUGGAAUGGAUUCAAAUUUUUAGGAAAAAAUUCUUGAAAAAUUCUUCACAUUUCUACGAUUUCAUGGAAUUAUCAGUCAUGACAUCAUCUUUCUAAGUCUUACAAGUCAACCUGCAAUAUUGAAUCGACUGGCGAGCCAACCAAUCGACAUAGCAAUAGCAUCGUUUAGUUUAAUCACUCUGUCCUUAGGACGUUCUUGAGGACGCGCCAAUUGUGGCCAAUUUAAUCGCGAGCGUAGCUUUCGUCGAAUCGCGAUUCGAGUUUCGAAUGGAAGUUGUGAGCUUGCGAGAACAUACAAUGCCAAGUUCACACACUAGUUAAUAACAGAAUUUUAGGUGCUGUUUAUCCAAAUUGUAAAAUCUUGAAUAAACAGGGAAAUUCUGAAAAAGAGAUCGACAGCUUAAACGCCGCGUUUCUUUGAAUUUGUACACCUUGAAAUAAAACAUCUCACAUAUUUCUCUGUAGUCAACUCAAAAAGAAUUGAGAGAUAUUGAAUAUUAAUAAGGUAUAUUAUUAUUUUUAUAAUAUAUAUAUUAUUAAUAAUUUCAAUAUAUUAUUAUUAAUUGUACAUCACUGUAUAAAAAUUCAUUGAUCAAAGAUACAAAAAUUUCUCCAUAAACUUGCAAAAGUUGUACAAAAGAAAAAAUAUCGAAUUAAAUCAAUUAAUAUAUUUUAUUAGUAUAUCUAUUUAUAAGUAUUUAGUAUUUAUAAUUAUGCAAUCAUAAUUGCGAGGCGUUCAAGCUGUCGGAAUACGCGAGAAAAUGAACAUCGACUUGCCGAAGUCGUGGCUCCCCGAAUAGAGCGACUUCCUUCCCGGCACAUUCCAUAACGACGAGGGUACGAAGAUACACACACACACAUACACACAUUUAAUAAUAAUAAUAAUGAUAAUAACGAUAAUAGUAAUAAUAAUAUAUAAGCAUCUCUCUACUUACCCCAUAGACAAACGCUCCGCGUUAAUGCGUAUGUACAUUAUCGAUAAGUCGAGUUAAACCAAAAGGUGCAGGCGUUAGGACGCACUUUCGAGCGAGACUAUAAGAUAAACUUCUUCAUUUCAAAGUAUGUUUCGUAUUCACGAAAGUGCAUCUUGGGAACUUUUAUCCUUUGCGUUUCCGAGUCACGAUCUUCCAUACUGUGGCGCAGAUAGAAUCGUAGUAAUGCAAGAGUAAUCGCAUCGUUUCGAAUAUAUCGAAUCCUCUUUAUUUCUUUAUAUAAUUUUAGACGCAUAAUAUAUGACAAUCAUAUUUAUGAAAAAUAUCUCAAUUUUUUUAAUUAAUUUUUUUUUUUUUUAAUAUUCGAACGAGGUGACUACUUUUGUUGCAUCCUCUGCGUGGAAACUACAUAGUGUCGAGAAACCAAAAUACUCCGUUAAAUAUAGAACGAUACGUCUAAACUCGCGAGAAGGAAUUAAUAUUUUUAGCAUAUUCAUUAAUUCGAUGAUGAAAAAAGACAGGUGAAAAAAAAUAUAUUAUAUAUGUGCAACAUAUACAUGUAUAUAAUAUAUAUGUUGCUAAUGACGCAGGAGCAAAGUUGCCAAUCGGAGGGUAACCGGGAGGAAGAAAUAUACGAUUGUGAUUUAUUUUGCAUCGAUGUUGGCGAAGCACGACGACGACGACUCUAGAUAAGACGAUAUACAUACGUAUAUAUAUAU